GACUAGUACUCUGGAUAGUUGCUUUUUUCACUACCAGUAACCAUCCUAGUUUUCAUGCUGGUAUAAUUGUGGUUAUUGUAGCGUCGGAACUUGGUGAGAGCCGCGUAGAAGUUCGGGUCACCUAGAAGCCCGUUAGGAACUUUCACUCCCAUUGCCUGUUUAUUUCGAAAGCUUUCGGCUCGGCCAAGAUCUUGGCUGGUGGUGGCGCGGCCUGGCCGAGCAGGUCUUCCCGCCGAUGGAGCCUACAAGGCUUCGACAAGCUCAAAGCUUACCGCAGCGGGUACAAGAUGUUGCGGAGCGCUUGUCGACAACCGCGAAGGCGGAAAUCUACGGAGUCCUCGAGGGCAUCUCUCCUGGGAGCGACCUUUCCAGCUUGCUCCGCCUAGAACCAAUCGUAAACGACAUUGUGUCACUGUUGAGCGAUGCCUUUAAGCAAGGCAUGACGAAGCGUUUGCUGCCCGAGGCUUGCAAGUUGCUUGGCGCGCGACCGGGCGCCAUGCCAUCUGCAACCUCUUGGCCGGCACCCCAACCAGCUUCCGGCCUUGGCUCCAGCUCGCUCUCACCAAGCACGCAGCACCACAUAGUUCACGACAACGACAUCCUCGCGCUCGGAUUCGCACCAGGCACCGGCCAGCCGCUGCGACCCGACCAGGGCCCGCCUCAGGACGCCGCCUCUGCUGCCGCCUCCUCACUCCUCCUGAGCACCGCGACCUCGCCCUUCUCCACUCAGCCCCCCGCCCCCAGCUCAGCUUCGGCCUCCGCCGCCGGCGGCGGCGGACCUCCCUCCUUCCUGCCGCACGACCACUCGCGCUUUUCAUUCGCUAACGUCGACGACGACGCCGCCACCCCCACUCGUCGUGCCAUACACGCGGCGCAGUCGUCACCGCUACGCGGCAGCUACGGCGGCGGCGACGCGAGCGCACUCGCCGAUCAGUCGCUGUUCCUCGGCCUCAGCCCCGGCGGCGCCGCCGCCGCCGACACUCGCAACGGCGGCGGCAGCUUCGGCCUCGGGUGCCUCGGUUCGGGGUUGGGAUUGGGUCUCGGAGCCGCUGCCGCCGCCGGCGAUUUGGGUUCCGCCACCUCUGCGCCCACGUCGAAUGGCGUCACGACGCCCUCCGACGCGGCGUUCCUAUUGGGCUCGCAUCUAGCCGGCGUGGCCGGUGCGACCGGCGGCGGUAGGACGGGUGCAACCCCAACCAGCGCCUCCUCCUCCCCUUCGCCGGCGGCGCAGUCUUCGGGCGGCGGCGGCGGCGGCGUCAGUCGCCAGUUGGCGCAUUUGUCGCUCGGACAGAUCGGACCCAUGGGUCAGUCCCAGUCCCAGCUGCCGUCAUUGACUUCCUCGCCGCAUCCCUCGUCGGGCGUCAUGUUGUACGGCGGCCAUUCGCUUCCGUCGCUGUCGGUUCGGCCCGGCUCGUCGCUCGACCCAGGGUUGGCGACGCCGCCCGUGUCGCUGCCCGGUACAGAGCCCUUGCGGGGUGGCGCGGGAGGACAUCACCAUUCCCCCCUGCACCAACCGUCACAGCAUCAGCAACAACAACAUCUGUCAGGUCAACUCUCCGGUCAGCUGCAGCAGCAACAGCUGCACCAACAGCAGCACCAGUUCUUGUUAGGUGGAGAUGGAGGCGGCGGAGGUGUUGGGGGGGAGCUUGGCGGGGGUAUGGUAGCGGCAGGGACGCCUGUACCGUUGUUUGGUGGCGCACCGGGUCCCAGCCCAGGUCAUGGAAGUAGCGGCGGAGGUCAUGCGGGCUUGUUGCAGCGGCAGCAGCGGCAGCAGCAGCAACAGCAGCAACAGCAACACUACCAACAGCAGCAGCAGCAACAGCAGUUCAUGGCAUCGGCAGCAGUAGCAAACGGCAACGGAGCAUAUCCAUCGCUGCCCCAACAGCAGCAGCAACAGCUGCCGUACAUGCAGCAGCAGCCGCAGCAACAGCAGUUGUCGUACGAUAACGGCGGCGGUUACCUGUCCUCAACAGCGACGCCGCUUACCCGCACCAGCUACGCAGCACCUCCCGAUGGACCCCGCGCCUCGAUCGACGGUCGGCCCGUCGCCGGGGGCGGCAGUGGACUGCCGUACACCUACCCUCAGCAGCCGGCGUCAGCUGGAGAGCCGCCGCGUUCAAUGUACGACAUGCAACAACACCUGAUGUACGGCGAUGCGUCGCCUGAAAUGCAACAUCAUGGCUUUAACGGUCGGGUCUCUCCGUCUCCAGGCGGCACACUGCGACGUGUUCCCGGUAUGGAAACUAGUGCUGGGCAGUAUGACAUGUACGGAGCUGCACCCGCGCAUGGUAGCGGCUUUGCGGUUGGUCCGCGGGAGGCUGCGUUGAUGGGAGGUGGAGGUCAGGCGACAGGAUUAGGACCCGGCUUGGGAAGCCCCAUGCAACCAGGCGUCGGCGUCAUCGGCCGACCCAGUGGCGGCGUGUCGCCGUCAUCAGCGGCGGGGGCGGCGGGAGGUAACGGCGGUGGACCUAGCCCCGCCGGCGGCCGGAGUACGGCGGGUCGCAGCGGCGGCGGCGCCGCCAGCGUCGGCUCGGCGGCUCCCGACAGCAGCCGCUCGAGCAGUUUCUCCGCUGGGCUGCCCGGCGGAGGCAGCGGCGGCGGCGGUGGCAUGGUAUUGAUGGGGCCUGCGUCGGGGUCCGCUGUGCUGCGUCGCGGAAGCGGAGGCGGCGCGCCGUCUCCAUCGCCGCCGCCGAUGGGGGCAGGCCAUCCUUCGCCGCCGGCGUCGGAUGCCUCGGGUCCCUGUUCUUCGAUUGCGUCCCUCGGCGGCACAUCCGCCGCGGGUGCGACGGCAGGAAAGGGCCCGGGCGCUGGUGUUGGUGAUGGCGCCGGUGGCACGGGGCCGGGCGUGGGUAUGUCCAUGGCAGCCAAGCUGCAGCAGGUCGCCUCCAAGCCCGCCCCGCCCGCCUCCCCCGCCGGCGGCCGAGGAGCCCGCUCGCCCGCCACCACCAGCCCCGGCAUGGCCGGCUCUGGCGGCAGCAGCGCCCCCGGCAUCAGCUUCAGCGGCGUGGUCGCAUCCCCCGGUGGUGCGGCAACAGCCAUGCAAGCAGCGGCCCCUACAUCCCCCCCGGUUUCUGCGAUCCGCGCCCCCGCUGACAUGCCGGGUCGGUUCCGCUGCCUGCCGCCCUCCGUGCAGUCGCGCAUCUACCACCUGACGCGGGAGAACCAUGUGGUGCUGCUCAAGGACUUUGACGAGAAGGUGCUCAGCAAGAUGACGGUGCUGGUGGACAAGUUCGGGGCGGCGGAGUGUCUGGCCAUGUUGGACCGAAUUGAGGAGGUGUUGAAGGGCAAGGCGGGUCGUCUUGCCAACGGGCCCGGCUACCUGGACGUGUCCGUAUCCACCCGAUUGGACGAGCUCAAGCAGCGGGCCAGCGGCCAGGUGACGGCGCCCGAGGACUACGCGCGCUCCACGCUUCACAGCCGCAUCUACGCGGAGCUGCGCGACCUCAUUGCGCGACACGGCUUUCUGCAGUGGCACCACUUUGACCAGGGUAUCAUCAACAUGCUCAAAAAGAUGCCCAACGCCACCGCCCUGGAGCGGCUGUCGGAGCUGGCCUACCACUCCUUCAAGAACGUGGACAACCCCAAGAGUUGCAUCGUGUCUAUAUUCACCACAAAACCCAAGUACGUCAACGCGUGAGGCAGGGUGAGGGUUGCUGACGACGACGAGGGCAGUGCUCCGGCAGUCGUCAUGCAAGGUGCGGGGCAGCGGUGGUUGGUCUGGCUGGCUCGCAAACAGACGGUGGCUCAGAAAGGAAGAGGAAGAAAGAAGAGGAGGAAGGAAGAGGAGAGAGGAGGAAGAGGAAGGAAGAGGAGGAGGAUUAGCGGGAGGGAAGAGGGGUGGAAUGUAAGCAGGGAGGAGGCAGGGAUGCGGGAGGGUGACGCUUUGGCUAGGGGGUCAGGUGAUAGCGUGAUAGGAGAGAGCGUGCGCGAGGUUUGGGUGUAUUGGUGAUUGGUUGGGCGAGGUUUGGGGCGGGUAUAUGUGCUGUUGUGCCGUCUGGCGGGGAACGCGAGGAGGACGAGGAGAAGUACAAAGGUAUGAGGAACGGAGGUUGUGUCGCAUAUACAUAGGGGUCUCGGCGUAAAAAGGGCGGGGCUAUAUGACCGGGGGGGGGACGUUGAAAGAAAAGCAUUAUAUUGACGUUAGGUUGUUGGGUCGUUGUUCCUUUUCAAAACGGUCUUUUGGUCUUUGUUGGCUCCCCACUAGGCUUUGAGUGGAAGGAUGGUGGCUUGCUGCCGUAUUGCCAUGCGUUUGCUUGUUUGGAGUGUCCCUGCUAUUUCUGUACGGCAACAUUGUUUAGUACCGCAAAAUACGAGUACGGGUCUUACUGGUUUGUUUGCAAUCUCUGCAAUGACGAUGUGUUUUUGUCGCGUUCAAACACGUGGGGGUCUUGACUGGGGGUGUCAGUUCCUUCUGUUUCACAUAGGACGAAAGGAGGUUGUCUCAAAUCUUUCCUUGUUUGGUGCAUUUGCCCCAAGCAAGCCCUGUCAAAUGAAAAUCCAUGCUAGAUCCAUAAGGUUGUUAGCUGGUUGUGGUUGGUGGCAUUGGUACGAAGUGCAUUGUGGCUUUUCUGUUGGCGGUUAAGUCGUUAGGCAAUCGGGGUUUUGCCUGUGGGGAUUUUGACUUGCGAGAGAGGAACCAUGGGAAGGGCCAUGUAGUCUCUUUGUCCGUGACUCUUAACUAAAAACGUACAUACGUCGAUUACAUACAUAUAAACGCUAAAAAGAAGAAAAAAGAGAGGCGCGUGGAUCAGGUGUGAGCGGGACAUGGAUAUACAGAUGGCCUGUCGUGAAGGGAGCUGUGGUGUUUUUGUUUGUUCGGGUGAGUUCAGAGGGGAAGUCGGAGGGGCGGAGAGAUGCGGGCGUUAUUUUGUGAUUGCGUUGUUGUUGUUCUUUGCUGGCUGUUUGCUUCUGUCUCCUCUUCUGAGGUAAAAUUCGCAGCUCUAGCUAGCAAUGUGGCAAGGUAUGUGAGCAUAUUGGGUGGCAAGCGGCGCGGCAGGGCUUAGUUCGUUUGGCACUGCGUGUGGGAUGACCCGCGGGUCGUUGCCGCCACUCAACUACUGUCCUAGCAGGGGUGUAGGGUGAUGAAGUGGGGCCGACAGACAGGUCCAUUCCCAACAUCAUCGGGGUGCUUAAGUUACGAUUAUUGUCGGAACGGGAAAACCCGGGCGUCUGGGCGAAGGUCAUUGUGGUAUCGAAGUCACUACUAAAGCUGCUUUGCAACAUUGACAUGAUGGGAGGAGGGACUGUGGGCUGGGUAGUGUCCUGCGUGUUCCUGAGGACAUUGCGGGUGGGAUUUUGAUUUUCUUAUCGCCUAUCCACUAAACGAAAGCGCCGUAUAACCUGUUCCUGUCUUGUUCAUUGGACUGCUGCUGCUGCUAUAACGACUCGGACAUUUCGGAUGGGAUGAGUCUUAGGAAGAGGCUGGAGACCGGAUUUUGGGACUGGCUAGAAAACAUAGCAAAACGCCGUUUGUUCACACCACAACCCUCCAUGGGACUUGCGGGUCGUUUGAGAGGGGUGUUUGGGGGCCGUUUGUGGUAGCAUGGUUUUCUAAGUGUUAUGGUGGGAUCUAGUGGUAGGUUGGAAAGCGUGGCUCUCCAAUAGAUGCCAAGUGGGUCAGAUUUUUUUGGUAGUGUCGAGCAAGGGAAGCUACAUACAGCUUAGGAAGAGGACGGGAGACGUGGCUUGUUUGGACACACAUGGGGGGGCGCUUUGUUAAUUACACUUGCUACAAACACUUGCUACAACAUUUUUUGCUUGUCUGUUUGGGUAAGGCUUGGGUGGAAAAGACUUGGGGUGACGACGUAAUAAUCUGGGAUUCUUUCUUUUUGUCAACACAUGCCUUUCGUAGGUAGGACUAGAUGGGAGGCUGGUGGGAGGCUGUUGUGCCUCUGCAGGCCGUUGUGCUUCUGCUCUGCAACCGGUGUUGUCUCUGUGGUGCUGUUUGUGCGCAGCUCUCCUGGGCAUAUGGUUAUUGUGUGUGCGCUGCUUGCAGUUAGUUUGGGAGCCCAGACGAGCCCAGACAAGAAAGGAGCAAGCCUGGGUACUCAAGGCGAGGGUUUGCUGCUGCCUUAUUAAAUAGGCACGCUUGUUUUAUGGGCUGGGCAUUAUCUUGCUGUGGAACCGGCUGCUUGUGUUCUGUUGGCCUGGGGGGUGUCCUCGGUUCAAUGGAGUUCUAAUCACUGCCGCUGGUACGGCUGUAGAUAGGGCUGUACGGCUGUGGAACGGCUUUAGGUUGCGGCAGCAAAGGGUGUGCUUCCUUGGUAAUGGUGGUUUCAUGGCAGCAGCUCUGCCGCUGCUGCGUGUAUAAUAAGACACUGUUGAUGGUCAGCCGUGUAGAAAGGAGAGGUAGGGCCUGUUGGAUGCCUCUUCCCGCUUGUACCAGUAUCGCUGACAAGCUUAGUAAGACGCCUCUCACCUUGCUUGCUGGAUGGUACGGUUUGCGUUGCAUGGUUAUGUCGUAGUGCUGUUGUCGUGGUUUGGCCUAGUGCUUAUAGUCUUGAGUUAGAUUGGAGACCCAGAACAGAAAAUGGUUAAGAGGUGUGGGUCCACCUGGAGUGGCGGUGGUGGAGAUGGUGGCAUGCAUGUUGGGUGCAAUCGCGCAUGUUAACGUUUGGUUGUGGAGUAGUGGGUCGUGUCCUAACGUGUUUGUUGCAUGGCUUUGUGGGAAAGGAGGCGGUACCGGUACCGGUAGCCUUAACCCUGCUUUUACUAAUAGUACACAGGCUUCUGGUUCGGGAUUCGGCGCUGCUGAAAGCCACCCGCCCUGCCUGUGUUUAGCAUGUUGCUUCGGGUUUCUUUUUGAUAACUUGCAGACCCAUGGUUCCGUUAUCCCACUGGGAUAGUAACCGGGCUUUUCCUGAGGUGGAAGCAAGGAGCUUGUCUCGUCCUUUGCUUCUACCCGUUAAAUGCGGUGCUGUGCGUGUGCAUGGAUGUGUUAGGGUGUUGAGGCUUGGUUAGUCACUCGGGCGCUUCUGGGUUUCGGGCAGGGCUAGCCGCCUGCGGAGGCAAACCCUGUAGUAGAUCGGGGCGAAACCUGUAGACCUGUUUUGUCACAAAUCCCGGCGGCCGAAAGAUGGUCGUGUGAGACCCUUCUCAUCAGCAGCGCAGUGUUUUAGACAACCAACAUAACAUGUGUGUCGUUGCUUGUUGGGUGUUUCGGUGUGUUUAUCGACAGAUAACACUCGCGUGGUUUGUGGGCUUUCAGCUAUAUUUGUAAUUACGGAGGAGAU